AAAUACUGUGCAAGCUGUGAUUGGUCACAGCUUGUCACAUGGUACAAGGCUGUUGUGAAUAGCCUUGUACCAUGUAACCUCUGUGAUCAUUCACAGAAUUCACAAGUAAAUACUGAUGUCAGGAACAGGGGCGGACUGACCAUUUAGAAACUCGGGCACUGCCCGAGGGCCCGGGUCAGUAGGGGGCCCCAUGAGAUGACCCUGGUACCUUUUUCAUAGGCUUUAUUGAGUUUGGGCAAGGAGACAGGGGCCCCAUGAUCCCCUAUUGCCCGGGGGCCCCAUGAGUUGUCAGUCCGCCCCUGCUUUAAACAGAUC